GAGACAGGCCUCUUUCCGCUAUUUCCUCUUUGAUCUGGGGGAAACAACAGCAAUAUUGCGUCACAUAGCCCUUGGUCAUGUUUGCAGUACCACGGCACUUUAUCAACCCAUUCUCGACCGAUCACAUACCAGAGUGACAGGACUAAACCACACGACAACAAACGAGCAACGGAACAAACCGCAUACGAUCGACGACUUACACCAACCCGCGACGCGCUGGAGCGAGGAGUGUGAGGAAGUUGACUAGGAGACGCCAAGGGGACAUUGACGGCAAUCUAUAUCAUGUACGGUUAUCAAUCACCAAGGACACCCGGAUCGACACCGGACUACGAAUACGACGACUGGGAGUUUGCGAGGAUGAAUUCGGCCACCCCAACGCCAUCGCCUCGCCAGGGCUGGGUCGAGGCCCAGCGCACGCCGCAGCGCCCGUCAACCCGCAUCGGCCACAGCCGUCACAGCAGCUACUCAGCCUCUGCCUUUAGCCCACGCCCGCCGCGGGAUUCUCCACGAUACAACAGUUCCGGGGAAUAUGCCACGGUUGAUGUGAGUUUUGAAGAUUUUCCAUCGCGUGGACCUUCCAAGUCCUUCCACUAUCGUUUCCCUUCAGAGGAUAUUCGGAGCUCCUUUGCCCAUGUUCGGUCCUUUUCUCCCCAAGACGAAUCCGAAGACGACGAGGUCAUCGAGGCCCUGCGGCGCACCAAUGUGUUGCCUGCCCAGUCGCGGUCUAGGAGUCGCAGAUACACCAAUACUUCUUCCGACUACGAUAGGGUACGGUACACUGACCGCCGCCUCUUCUCACAGGAAUCCCCCCUCUACAACGAGCCAGUUUACACACGGCACCCUGCCACCGAGGUGCCCCGUCCCAUGGCGCAGACUCGCGCCCCGACGAGCCACUCGCACGCUCGGCGUGCCUCGGCAGCCAUGGGACGCUCCGCUACGGCCCGGCCACAACAGCAGCCCCCCUCAAAGAGCGACCUGCGUGUGCACCGCGCUGCUACCCAACUCGAUGCGGACCGACACCAGAUCCCGGUUGGCUAUUCACUCAAGAACUGGGAUCCGCGGGAGGAGCCCAUCCUCCUUUUGGGCAGCGUCUUUGACGCCAACUCACUGGGCAAAUGGAUUUACGACUGGGCUGUGUACAGCGUGGGGCCCCGCGCACCCAUCGCCGAAAUGGCUGGCGAACUCUGGCUGCUACUACUUGACCUGACCGAGAAGACCAACAAGUGUGUUGAGGAAGGCCUCAAGACACGAACCAAGGAGAGCAGGCAGAUUGUGAACGACCAAAUCGACGGCAGUGAACGCCUCAUGAAGACCCUGCGCCUGUUGCUCAAGAACUGCGAGGCGCCCAUGCUGAAAGCUGCCAGCAAGAAGAAGUCAGGUCUCGGCAAGAAUGCCGGGACUGAGUUCGUGGACACCCUCUUUGGCCGUGACCGGGAACUUCCACGCGUCGAGAAGUUUAUGCAGAAGGUGAGGACAUGGAGCAUCCGCUACGAAGCCAACGUGGCACCGCUCCUGCUCAACCCCACCAAAUGAUGAGGAGACACUAUUCCAGGAAUUUCUCUUCUCUUUCCUUUCCUUGUCUUCUCGACCGCGCGCUGCCCGUGGACCCGGACUAAACAGGACUUCCACUAAACCG